AUGGCAACAACAACAACACAUCGGAGCCUCGAGAGCCGCCUGCGCGCCGAGAACGACCACCUCCAGCCGUCGCAGCAAUACGUCGAGUGGGCCGCAUCGAGCGUGCUACUCGCUGACCCACGCUUUCGGCUCUUACGCCUCUCGACCGCCGAGGCGCAGGCGCUCGCGGUGCAGGAGUGGCGCACGCACGUGACGCGGUCCGUGUACCAAGCGCGUCUCAACCCCCACGAGAUCGUCGACGGCCCCGUCGUGACGCGCUCGAAAAGCGGUGUGAUCCGCGUCCAGGCCGAGCUCGGGCCCACCCAAGUCGUCGACAGCUUGAGCACCGUGCCGAGCAAGAAGCAAAAGAAGGCAGCCACGGCCUCCAAGGCGGCGCGCACGACCAGCAGUCACAGCCAACGUCAUUAG